AUGUAUGAGGUUGUUGUGUACGUCAACAUUGUAUUUUAUACUUGUAAAAAACAAACCGAUAAAUAUUCAUGAUCUCUUCAUCAAAAUGUGACACUAUCCUAAAACGCUAAUUUCCCAUGAAGGAUGUUAACUGUUUGUGGUUUUUAAAAUGUUUACAAAGAAAAAUCUUGUUGACAUUAAAAAAUCAACAUCCAAACUUCAAGACACCAAAAAAGAUGUUUCUACAAGAAUCAAACAUCUGAAAAUAAUACUAGAAAAUGUGGAUAUCUCUGAGGCAAAAGGAUUUUUUGAAGCAAAUUUCAGUCACAUAUAUAAUGUUUUAUAUGAGAGUUUUGUACAAACUGAAGGAAAUUUGCGCCAAAGAGAGCUGUCUUUUCAUCUUGUACACAAGGCACACAAAGAGGAGUUGGAAUGUACCCUGUGGAUUUUGGAGCAAGUGCUCUGCCUACUUCCGGAGCUAAUUCAUCGAAGGUGGCAGUUACAUUCUCUCGGUAGACUUCUUUCAAAACUUCUCCAUCCUGGAAAUACCACCAAGCUACGUCGACAUGGCAUCAGGUAUUUCUUAAUGUGGUAUCAAGCCUUGAAUGAGAAUGCACCUGAGUACGUUCAUCAGAUGUUCACCACGUUGGUACCUGGUUUCUACAGCCCAAACUUAGUUAGCUGCAAUAACAGCACAAGCGUAUUUCAUGAUACUAGUGCUCAGCAUCCUGUGACACCCACUGAGUUGUUGCCCAUUUUGCCAAUAUCGAGUAGUGACAAAUCCUGUGAUCAACCAAGCAAGUUUUAUUUGGAGUGUCUGUUGGAAUACAUGGUACACACAGUUGUCAAGCUGGAAUGGCAGGACAAAAGUGCCUACCACCACAGGUGUUUCAACUUUCUGUUGGAGAAGUUCAAGAUUUAUUAUUUACCCAAGAUUUGUCCAGAUUUCUGCAGCCAGACGUCUCUGUACAGACCAAAUUUGG